AGUAGGACGGCAUGCCUGCCAUUCGACUCUUUGGAAGGAAAUGGUUGGCCGCCUCGGAUGACCUCGUAAUUCCUGGACUCUUUGAGAUUUCCGUCAGAAUAUUAUGGUUGGUGUUGAUUGCGAUAGUGUACACGAAAUAUUACGAGUUCACGUGGGAGUGCGAGAAGGGAGGAGAGUAUGUGAGGACGUACAUAAUAGGGAUGCUGGUCCUUCUCAGUUUAGUGAUAGUUGUACUCGUCGGUCUGGUGAACAGGAGCGCUCAGGGUUCGAUCACGGAGACGAACGCUCGUCGGCUCGUCGCGCCCAUCCUCAUCCUCAAACUGUUCCUCAUCAUUCCGGAAUGCGUGAUAAACGCGUUCGGCACCAUGUGGGCGUUCUGCGGCGAAGUCGUCGUCUGCCCCUACGAGGGUCACUUCUCGAGGACCGUCAUCGAAGCUCUGGUGAUAUUCAAUUGGGCGCUAUUCGGAUUGGCCAUCUUCGGGUUGGCGUUGAUCUUCGAUCCUCUGGGGUCGAGGCGGUAUCAGGACGUGCACGAGACGCCAAGUGCAGGGGAAUCUUUUCGACACAGGAAAGUCACCUCGCUGUGGCAGAAGAGGUUCCGUUGGUUGUUCUGCUGGGUGCGAAGCGACGAACACGGCCCCGAGGCCUUCCAGCAGAUCGCCUCUCUGUUGAGCGCCCUCUUCAGAAGCACGGAUCUGGUUCCAUCCGACAUCCUCGCUGGUUGCGUCCUCCUCAGGGUCAAACAGAAGAAAGAGACGCGCGAGAUGAGACGCAUCCAGAUGCUCUCCGACGACGAACCUAAAUAUGCGACAGGUAAAACUUUAUUUAUAAUUUACUUACAAUUAGUACAUGGAUUCGCAACGGUGGUGUUGUGGGGGAGCCACUUGUUGAUUUUAUAUGAUUCGUUUACUUCCUAUAUUACUUCCUAUAUUACUUCCGAAAUAAAGACCAAGCGCGUUUUUAAAACUUGAAAAACUUUAACAGAAUAACGUUACAAUACUCACCAAUGUUUUAUUUGUUCCUUAAUUGUGCGAAUUGCAGCUGCAAUUGCGAGAAUUCAACACACGACUUAAGCGUCACUUUUUAUGAUCGAUGCGUUUUUCUUUUAUUUUCCAUGCAACGCAACCUUUAAUUGUUUCGUUUUAUUGGUGAAAAAACGCAACCAAACAUACCUCAUUUUGAAAACAUUACGUAAUACAGUGGUUUCCAAACUUGAAAUUACUACGCCUCCCUCAAAAGUAUGUAAUCAUUUGGCG